AUGGCGACAAACGGAACCCAUCCUUUCAAUUUUCCCAACCCUUUCGACACUCUGUAUAAAGAGCCUUCAACCCUGCCAGCUACGUCCCGUAAAGGCAUGAUCUGGAAGCGACUCAUCGUCUGUUGUGACGGGACCGGUCAAUCCUCAAAUAGCGGGGUGAAUACAGUCCCAACAAACGUUACUCGCUUCGCUCGAGCAAUUGAUACUUCGUCGUACAUGAAAAAAGACGCAGGCAACGUACAAGAGAUCCCCCAAGUCGUCCUUUAUCAAGCCGGAGUUGGGACUGAACAGGUCUCUUUCUACGGAUCUAACAAGUCGAUCUCUUCAGGACGCGGAGUUGAGAGGCACAUCCUAGAAGCGUACACCUUUUUCUCACUCAACUAUGAAGAGGGAGAUGAAUUAAUCUUGUUGGGUUUCUCUCUUGGAGCCGUCACCGCGCGUGCGGUUGCCUCCCUCAUUUGCAGCGUCGGGCUGCUCACAAAGGACUGCCUAGAUCAACUGCCGGCCAUCUACCAACAAUACACGAGCAACAAGACAAUUGAGAACCCCGUCACCCCUGGGACCGAUCCAUUCAAAGUCUACAAACAGGUUGUCAUCACGGCCAUGGGCAUCUUCGAUACUAUCGGUAGCCUUGACGUCUCCGGUGGAAAGCACCUCCCUAACGUGCCAGAUUCUAAAAAUUCUCGGGCUCGCAUCGAUACCGUGUAUCAGGUACUCGCGAUCGAUGAGUGCUGUCGGUCUCUUUCUCCAACCUUCUCUACUUGUGUGGCCAUGAAAACCGUGGUACAAGCUUCUACCAAGUUUGGGGUAGGGUCACUUCUUCUACUUCCGGGUGGCCAUACCGACGUUGGGGGUGGCCACGAGCGUGCAUUCCGCGACCUGUCAGACAUUAGCUUCGCAUGGAUGUAUAACGUGAUGAGGCGUCACCUUACCUUUCGUCCUGGAGUUGCUAGAGAACUCAGGGAGCCAUCUUUGGCUCCCAAUCGCUCCGGUAACGAGCCGUUUGACCAAGGCUGGGCAUGCUCCCCUGCACAUAACGAGUACCAUGCGUCUAUAUUCGAAUUCUCCACUCCACACCACCGUACUCCUGGCCAGUACUAUCUUGAAAAAGGAAUUACGGAGAAUGAAGUCUACAACACGAACGAAUGGAUCCACGCCUCGGUCCGUGUCCGUAUGAUGAUGACGGAUUGGAGGCCUCGGGCGCUUGACGGCUUCACGCUCGUCCAUGACGAGGAGAGAAAUAGGUACUAUUGGCUUAAGGAGUGUGAUUUCCCUGGCAAAGGAAAGGUGCAUCUCAAGCUCAAUGAAUGGGUAGUGCGUCCCAACGACAGCAACUCGAUCGAUGUCGACAAUCCAAAGAUCAAUAUGGAAGCAUUUCUCAUCGACCAUGAGGCAAAGAAGAUUGUCGAAGAUUCCGAGUGUCACAAAAAGCUUUCCAAAAUGGCACACCAGAAAUCCGGGUGGAUGAACUGGCCCACGACCAACGAAACCAGAGUGUUCAAGUUUCCAAACCCGUUCGAUACACAAUAUCAUCCAGAAUUGGAGCAGCAUGAUUUUCAAUCCCAAGACCCCAACGAGCAACCUGACAGAAGCAAGAUGCGGAAGAAUCUCAUUGUCUGUUGUGAUGGUACUGGCCAGUCGUCGAGUAACGGAGUCGCCACUGUCCCAACAAAUGUCACUCGGCUAGCCCGAGCAUUCGAUACUUCGAUGGAGAUUAAUUCCACCUCGAAGGUUCCACAGAUUGUCCUCUACCAAACCGGAAUUGGCACCGAGGAAAUGUCUGGUUUUGGCACGGGCCUUUCCAGUGCCUUUGGAUACGGUCUCGACAGACAUAUCCUCGAAGCCUACACCUUCUUCUCGCUAAACUUUGAGGAAGGGGACGAACUUUCUUAUUCGGCUUCUCCCGAGGCGCUUUUACCGCCCGUGCUAUUGCCUCUCUCAUUUGCAAUGUAUAUUGGCUUGCUCACCAAGGAUUGCCUAGACAAACUGCCGCAGAUCUAUGCACGAUACAAGGAACGUAUCGACACUGAAGAGAGUCGUAAGGAACUCGAAGACUGGGUCAAAAAGAGGGCGAAGCACAAACCCUACAAAGUGGAGGUUGAAGACCUGCAGAGUGGCGAUGGGGACCCGUCGAUAAUCAACAAGAAGGUCGAAUGGAAAGGCGGCAAAGUGGAGAUUGAAGAUCCUCAGGUCAACAAGAGCGAGCAUUUCACGAUCAACAAGGACGUCAUCAUUCUCGCUAUGGGUCUUUUCGACACUGUCGGAAGUCUUGGUAUCCCUGAGGGUACCAUUAGCACUCUUCUCAAGCCUCUGAGUUGGACAGGACUCAACAACAAGAAAUAUCAGUAUCAUGAUACGUCUUUCCCUCUUGCAAUGAAUCCACAGGAUUUCAGAGCUCAUAUCCAUGGCGUGUAUCAGGUUUUGGCCUUGGACGAGUGUCGCACCUCGUUUACUCCAACGCUCCUGUACGACCAUGGCACCAAGUCUAACGUGGGUGAUGGGACUGGUUUUUAUCAAGUCUGGAUGCCCGGAGUCCACACUGACGUAGGAGGUGGAUAUGAACGAGCACCCAACGACAUGUCCGAUCUCAGUUUCGCGUGGAUGUACAACUACAUCAAGGGAAAGUUGCAGUUCCGUGAAGGAGUCGCGUAUGAACUUCGAAAACCCUCUUUGGAUCCCGCGCGCUCCGAUCCUAAAGCUACGAAGCCUUCUGUCCCUCCUCCAGUGGCUCGCGGCUGGGCAUGCUCCGACGUACACGACGAAUACCAUACAUACAAAUUCAAGUUUGGAGGUCAACGUUACCGCACCCCCGGUCAAUACUACCUCAAGCAGAGCGUUGAGAAGAAAACCAUAUUCAGGACGAGCGAGUUCAUCCACCCGUCUGUCCGCGUACGGAUGCAGUCGACUGAUUGGAGGCCACCUGCGCUCGACGGGUUCAAACUCGAGCUCGACGAGGCUAGAAAAAUCUACUAUUGGGUCAAGGAGUGUGAGAUCUCGGGCGCUGGGACGGUGCAGCUGAGGCUCGACGAGUCGCCGAUAUGGUUGGAAGACCAAACCGAGGAAGCUGUUAAGGAACCUGACGUUGACAUGGAGGUCUUCCUCCUCAAUUAG